CCGGGCGGCCUCGCCAUGCAGCGGCGCGGCACGGGGCUCUGGUGGCCGCGGCAGCAGCAGCAGCAGCAGCAACCCCCGCCGCCCGCGGUCGGCCCCCGGGCCGCAGCCAUGGCUCCCCCGAGCGGCGGUGUCCCCCCGGGCUUCGGCGGCCGCCCUGCCUGCGCGCUGCUCUUGCUCUGCUACCUGAAUUUCGUGCCGUCUCUGGGUAGGCAGACCUCCCUGACGACGUCUGUGGUCCCCAAAGCCGAGCAGGGCGCAACUUACAAAGACUUUAUUUAUUUCACCGUCUUGGAAGGAAACGUGCGUAACGUUUCCGAGGUCUCCAUCGAGUACUUGUGCUCUCAGCCUUGUGUGGUCAGCCUGGAGGCCGUGGUCUCCUCCGAGUUCAGAAGUAGCAUCCCUGUGUACAAGAAACGGUGGAAGAAUGAGAAGCAUCUGCACACCAGCAGGACGCAGAGGGUCCAGGUGAGAUUUCCGAGCAUCAUGGUUUACCGAGAUGACUAUUUCAUCAGGCACUCCAUCUCCGUCUCCACGGUGGUACUGAGAGCCUGGAUUUCUCACCAACGCGGUGGCGGAGACGCGAAUGUGAAGUGGGAGGAAAACCUGCUCCACGCCGUGGCCAAGAACUACACUCUGCUGAAGACGGUCCCGCCCUUUGAGCGCCCCUUCAAGGACCAUCGGGUGUGCCUCGAGUGGAACAUGGACUACAUCUGGAACCUCUGGGCAAACAAGAUCCCACAGUGUCCCCUGGAAGACGAUGUGGUGGCCCUCCUUGGCUAUCUCUAUGCCUCCAGUGGAGAAAACACGGGCAUUGUGAAGAAGCUCCUGAGGUUCCGGAACCGAGAGCUGGAGGCCGCCCGACGCCAGCGCAUGGACUACCCCGUGUUUACUGUUUCAAUGUGGCUUUAUUUACUCCAUUACUGCAAGGCCAAUCUCUGUGGGAUUCUGUAUUUUGUUGAUUCUAAUGAGAUGUACGGCACACCUUCUGUGUUUCUUACUGAAGACGGUCAUUUGCAUAUUCAAAUGCAUCUUGUCAAAGGAGAAGACCUUGCUGUAAAAACUAAAUUCACCCUACCUCUGAGGGAGUGGUUUCGGCUGGAUAUCUCUUUUAAUGGAGGCCAGAUAGUAGUAACCACAAGCAUUGGACCAGAGUUGACUGGUUACCAUAAUCAGACAAUUAGCUUCCGAGAGGAUUUCCAUUACAAUGACACAGCUGGGUACUUCAUUAUUGGAGGGAGCAGGUACGUGGCUGGCAUCGAAGGAUUCUUUGGACCCCUGAAGUACUAUCGCCUCCACAGUCUGCAGCCAGCACAGAUCUUUAAUCCCCUCCUCGAGAAGCAACUUGCUGAACAAAUCAAGUUAUAUUAUGAACGGUGUGCCGAGGUUCAAGAAAUCGUAUCUGUGUAUACAUCUGCCGCACAGUCUGGGGGUGACAGAGAAGAGGCAUGUGACCUCCACAACUCCUACCUGGACCUCAGGCGCCGGUACGGGAGACCCUCCACGUGCAGAGCCUUCCCCUGGGAGAAGGAGCUGAAAGACAAGCACCCCAGCUUGUUCCAGGCCUUGCUGGAGAUGAAUUUGUUGGCCGGGCCAAGGAGCCAGAGCGAGUCUGUGUUAGAAAUCGGUAGGAGGAUAUUCGAGAAGGCUGUAAAGAGACUCUCCAGCUCUGAUGGUCUUCACCAAAUUAGCUCGGUCGCCCCCUUUCUGAUGGAUUCCAGCUGCUGCGGAUACCAUAAAGCAUCCUACUACCUCGCAGUCUUCUAUGAAACUGGAUUAAGUGUGCCUCGGGACCAGCUGCAGGGCAUGCUGUAUAGCUUGGUUGGAGGCCAGGGCAGCGAGAGACUGUCUGCAAUGAAUCUUGGGUACAAGCACUACCAGGGUAUUGACAGCUACCCCCUGGACUGGGAACUGUCGUAUGCCUACUACAGCAAUAUUGCCACGAAGACACCCCUUGACCAGCACACGCUGCAAGGAGACCAGGCAUAUGUUGAAACCAUUAGACUAAAAGAUGAUGAAAUACUCAAGGUGCAAACCAAAGAAGAUGGGGACGUCUUCAUGUGGCUGAAGCACGAAGCCUCGCGAGGCAAUGCAGCAGCCCAGCAACGAUUGGCCCAGAUGCUGUUCUGGGGGCAGCAAGGUGUGACCAAGAAUCCCGAAGCCGCCAUCGAGUGGUACGCCAAGGGAGCCCUGGAGACUGAGGAUCCCGCGUUAAUCUACGACUACGCCAUUGUGUUGUUCAAGGGUCAAGGAGUGAAAAAGAACAGACGGCUCGCCUUGGAGCUGAUGAAGAAAGCAGCUUUCAAGGGAUUGCAUCAGGCCGUCAAUGGCCUGGGAUGGUAUUACCACAAAUUCAAGAAAAAUUACGCCAAAGCAGCAAAGUACUGGUUAAAAGCAGAAGAAAUGGGGAACCCAGACGCGUCGUAUAAUCUUGGAGUCCUGUAUUUGGAUGGCAUUUUCCCAGGAGUUCCUGGGAGGAAUCUGACUUUAGCUGGUGAAUAUUUCCAUAAGGCUGCACAAGGGGGACACAUCGAAGGGACCUUGUGGUGUUCUCUCUACUAUAUCACAGGCAACCUGGACACCUUCCCGAGGGACCCGGAGAAAGCGGUUGUAUGGGCGAAGCACGUAGCUGAGAAAAAUGGCUACCUGGGCCAUGUCAUUCGCAAAGGCCUCAACGCCUACCUGGAGGGCUCAUGGCAUGAAGCUUUGCUGUAUUAUGUUUUAGCAGCAGAAACUGGAAUUGAAGUGUCACAGACAAAUUUAGCACACAUCUGUGAGGAAAGGCCGGACCUGGCCAGGAGAUACUUGGGUGUUAAUUGUGUUUGGAGAUACUAUAAUUUCUCUGUUUUUCAAAUCGAUGCUCCUUCAUUUGCAUAUUUGAAAAUGGGAGACCUGUACUACUAUGGCCACCAAAACCAGUCACAAGACCUUGAAUUGUCUGUGCAGAUGUACGCCCAGGCCGCGCUGGAGGGAGACUCCCAGGGAUUUUUUAACCUGGCCCUGCUAAUUGAGGAAGGUGCUAUCAUCCCACACCAUAUUUUGGAUUUCUUGGAAAUUGACCCAUCACUCCAUUCUAGUAACAUCUCCAUUCUCCGGGAACUAUACGAACGGUGCUGGAGCCACAGCAGCGAGGAGUCCUUCAGCCCCUGCUCCCUGGCCUGGGGGUACCUCCACCUGCGGCUUCUCUGGGGCGCUGUCCUGCACUCUGCCCUGAUCUACUUUUUGGGAACCUUCCUGCUGUCCGUGGUGAUCGCUGGGACAGUGCAGCACUUCCGGGAUGUCUCAGCCAGUGGUUCUCCUCCAGCACCAGCCCGGGCCCCCCCAGGCCCCACCUCUUCCACUGCAACUCCAGCUGUGUCUUCCGCUGCUGACGCCUCUGACCAGGACCAGUCCACAGUCACUAAUAACCCAGAGCCACGUGGGUGAACUGUGCACUCCAGGUCUCUCCACUAGAGCAAUGAUCCCUUCGACAGCCGGUAUUGGGAGGCUAGGGCCAGAGCAUUACCCUGAUAAACACCUUAAAAAUCUUGUCCACUGUAUGCAAAUUUUGCACUUGGUGUGUUUUUUUAAAAAAAAACUUAAAUUACAAGGAAGUACCCAGAGCAGACAGUGGUCAUACCAAAAGUUCUCAAAGAAAUCCAAGGAACAUCUUGGUCAGAGGGACAUCUGGGGAGGUUCACUGGACCCCAUAAACUUCUGUUCUCGUGAUCAUGUGUUUGGGGAGUCACAGUUUUGCUUGUGGCUCAUCUGGAUUCUUUGACACAGAGAGGCAUUUUGAAGAGUCUUCGUCCUUUGUUCAUUCUCUUUUAUCAGAGAACAGAAAACUGACUUUUGCACAAGGUAGAUAAUGUUUCAGUGCCCAUGUUUGCCGGAGCCUGCUCCUUAAAGUCCAAUUUAAUCUUUGACUUCCAAAACCCAGAGGUUAUAAGGCACCUUGAAAGAACUAGUUUAUGGAUGGAAGUGCAGGGAAGAUAAUGGCUUUGUAAAUUGGUUUACAUUUUUCUCCUUGAAUUUUUCUAGGGUCAUAGUGCUUCCAAACCACUUGAUGACAUUGUUGGAUAUCUUUUAUGUUUCAAUUGCAAUCCAUAAAAUAUCAUCCAGAAAAUUCUUAGUAUUUAAGUGUAGUCUUCUCCACGAAUUACCCAUUAGAAUAGACCAGGCGCAACGGAAUAUGCAGAAACCAAGCCUGUAGCUCAUAGUCUCAUCCCCACCCCUGAUGCCUGCCUGAGUCUGUAUAGGGGUAUGCGUGGGUGUGUGUGUGUGUGUGUGUGUGUGUGUGUAAGAGGGCAAGGAAGAGCAGAGUGUCGUUAUACUGUAUGCUGCUAAGGUAGUAAAAAUAAAUCAGUAAUGCAAUAUUGUGGGGUUAAACUACUCUUUGCACUACUUUAUUUACAGUAGUAAAUAAAAUUAUUUUUAUACAAUCGA